GAGAUUUGGCCUAGUAAGAUGAAACUACAGCUUGCCGGAAGGGCAAGCAGAGUUUUUGUAUUUCAUCUCACCCUGAACAAGCAUGGUUAAUAAACAAUUUUAUUGUAUGGCAUGCACAACACCAUAUUCUUGCACAAUACAGUGGGCAAUCCUGGGUGGGCAAGAUAACCCCCAUUUUGCUUGUCAGCACAGGAUCUGGUUCAUCUUUCAUGCUUGUAGAGCUGGCCAUAUAAUAAGGCUGCAAUCUGCUUCUGAAGUGACUGAUGCGGAGGUACAACCAAACAAGUACAUUAUUUUAUAUUUAUAUUUUCAGGGACAACAAUGUCAGAAGGACAAAGUAGGCCCUAAUCUACUGCAAAAAGCUAAAAAGUCUCUGACAAGCUCCUUUGAAAGUUUCAGAAGCAAAAGGGCAAGAGCUAGGACAGUACUGACAGAAGAAGGCUCCACAGUGGAACCAACUAAACCAUCACCAGGUCUCCGAAGGAAGAGGAGUGUAACACUUGACAGCGCCCCUCACAGUUCUAACCCCACUUCACCUAUGUCACCAUUAAAAGAAAUGCCAGCCAAGGAAGAUGAUGUGCUGACAAGCACACCACAGAAACAGUUGAAACAAGUUCCUCCUCUGGCAGGGGAAGAAAGCAGCCCCUCAGGAACUACAACAACACCACCAAACACACCAACCAAAACACCACUUCACAGACGUCUGAGCAGGCAUAGCUCAUAUGGCUACAGACAGACAAUUUUCCACAGUGUAGUCACACCAUCAAAGUCUAAGGACACAAUUCCAGAUCCAGAAAUGGGCAUUCCCCAAAGUGCAUCAUGGGCAGAAAUGGUGGGACGCAAAAAAUCAUCCAAGGAACUGAGGGCUCUUUGGCGAAAAGCCAUCAUGGAGCAAAUUCUUCUCAUCAGAAUGGAGAAGGAGAACAAGACCCUACAAGUGAAUCAAAAUGUCAUUGAAGCCAAUUUGCUGAAGCUUGCAUACAAUGAGGUGUCAGUGUGUUCUGAUGCCGCAGCAGCAACCUGGAACAAGAUCCUUGAAAAAGGAGAUGGACCUGUGGACAUGAAAAUAUUGUUGGACGCAGUGAAAGCUGGGGUGCCUAAAGCUAUGAGAGGUGAGAUAUGGAUGUUCCUGGCCAAGCAGCAUGACUUACAUUCACCACCGCAAGAGGAACACAUGUCUAUGUGGAGAGAGAAGUCAUUCGAUGAGAUCAAAGAGGGAUCCACCUGCCACCAGCACUCCAUCUUUAUUGAUUUAGGUCGCACAUUUCCCAGUCACCCAUACUUUUCUGCUCAGCUGGGUCAUGGUCAGCUGUGUUUGUUUAACAUUCUGAAGGCAUACUCUGUGUUAGAUGAAGAGGUUGGUUACUGUCAGGGCCUCAGCUUUGUAGCUGGAAUCCUACUGAUGCACAUGAAGGAACAGGAUGCGUUUGAUACUCUCAGGUUUAUGAUGUACAGGCUUCACGUUCGGAAGCAGUACAGACCGGACAUGCAAGACUUACAGGCACAAUUUUAUAUGCUGUCAAGGUUGUUACAUGAUUACUAUGAACCAGUGCACGAGUUUCUCCUGGAACUGGAGAUCACACCGACGCUUUACGCUGCCCCAUGGUUCCUCACGCUCUUCGCGUCUCACUUCCCAGUAGGCUUUGUGGCACGAGUGUUAGAUAUGAUGUUCCUUCAAGGAAUGGAGGUCGUAUUCAAGGUGGUCCUGCUUAUACUUGGGUCUUGCCAAGAGGAACUGCUGACCAGUGAUGGACUGGAAGGUGCUGUAGAGGUCAUGAAAACUUCACUGCCGCCAUUUGCAGAACAGAAUGUGGAGUGGCUGGUCAGUCAAGUACUGUCUCUCGACAUAACUAAAGAUCUCGAGUCUUACGAGGUGGAAUACAAUGUUCUCAAAGAGGAGGAUUUAAGUAUCGCGUCGUUUGACGAGAUCGAGAGUGAACGAGUAGAGUCACUGGAGGCGGAAAACACCAUUAAGACCAAACAGAUCCAAAAUCUUAAUGAGCAACUCUCUUGUGCUCGAAACACUGUUCAGAGCCUGGAGAGCACCAUUAACACCAUGCAGAUAAACCAGACCGAACUUCAGGGCAUCAUCCGAUCUCUACGAGCCGAGAACGAAAGCUUAAAGAAAAACUUUGAAAAACUGAAAACUCAGGUACUUGCCAACGGCGAUGCUGUUGGCGUCGAAGAACUGUCGAACGCUCCAACGAACGAUAUCACGAAUACUCUAACCGAGUGCAGCACGAUCAAACCGACUUGUGCCGAGACGAAUGCCAGUUCUACCGAAGAAAACACGGACAGUUAUGAGCACAUUGGCAGCGGAAACGAUCUCACAGACGAUGAAGCAGAUUCCGACGAAUUCAUUGAGAGGAAGCCUCGGUCGGUUAGCCCCAGUCCUCCUCUCAGUGACAAGUGCGAAGAUCUGGUUGUCAGUAGAUGAAGUAACUCUGGUAAUGCCUGAAAAGAAUCUAUUUUUCCUAAGGAGAUAAUUUAGGGGCUGGUUUGGGGAGAUGAUAUCACAUAGCUCGUAAUUUUGGUUCUGGCUGACUGUAUUUCGUUUUGAUGCUUGACUUGCCAGCAAAAAUAGGGAAAUGCUAAGGAAUCUUACAUCACAUACUUUUCACGCGCUAGUAGUCUUUGCGUCAUUCGCAUUUCACUUGGUAACACCGUUUACAACGAUGGUCACGCACUCGCAGCAGUUACGCAUUUACGCUUGUACGCACCCACUCAAAUCGUUUUUGAAUAUGAUGGAUUUUUGCAAGCUUCAAAGAAACGUAUAUAAGAUUUAGUGAUUAUUUUUGUGGGAUAUAAACCAGAUUCGGCUUCUGUCAUGUUAGGAGGUAAAUAGAUUUCAUCAGAACGGGUACAAAUUGCGUAAAUUUAAUGUCGAGCCUCUUGCGCAGAUGUUGGUUUGCUCGUCACACAAUCUAAUGCGUGUCACGCAAUCUGUUCGUGUGGAGAGGGAGUGCGUGACGAGCGAAAGCAAGAUGUCGGCUUAGGAGGCCAUUGUUGAUCGCUUAAGUAAACAAAUAUGCUUGUUAUACAGGCUGUAAAUUAGUGAGAAAUACUUAGCUAAUAUUGAUGUGAAAUAAUGA